AUGAUGAAACCCAACAGAGCCGAAACGUUUAAAGCAAAGUUUCUUCUCAGCCAUGGCAAUAACCUGCGGUAUUACGAAGUGCUCAAAUGCUACAAGGAAGAUUGGAUGCAGUCGUCGUAUAUCGUGGACGAAAGUUUGGUCAAGCGAUAUAGCAAGUUUUCAAAACGCCAGCUCAAUGCCUCCUCAGAUGGCUGUGAACUCAAGCUAGAGGAGAUGAGAGUCAAGAUGGCGGAUGAAAACUACGUCAAUUUUAGGUUCAAUUCUGGUUUGCCGUUGCAAGUGAUCGCUCCUGAAGGAGAUGCCCGCUUGGAGUUGCAACUGCGGCUACCAGCGCGAUUGCAAGACGUGCUGUCAGGAAGAAAUGUACUGGCUAUAGCUGCAGGAGGCCACAUCACCUCUAUGCAAUGGCUCCCGCAAGAUGAUGUAGAUGAAGACACUACUGACAGCUAUCUUGCGGUAUCCAUCGUCAACUCACCAAAGUUACCCCAUGGUUUAACAGCGACAAGCAAAGAAAUCAGCGUGUUUGAAGAUCGCUCCAGUGGGUUAAUCGACUCGGCAGUGCAGAUUUGGAAAUUCAACACUUUGUCCAAUGAGGUGAGUCUUGAGAAAAUGGUCUUGACCCUGCUGCACGGGACCCCAUUUGACCUCCAGUGGUCUCUUGUUGCUCCACAAAACAAGGAGAGCAAUACCGUGCUUGGUGUCUUGGGGGUUGUUUUCAACGAUGGAACUGUUCAAAUACUCAAAAUCACGCGAGAUUUGCCAAUGUACUCCUUGUUGGAAAAGUCCUCCCUAAGUUUCCGCUCGUCAGAUGAAACUAGUUCUGAUAUCACGUGUUUCGCUUUCCUAGGAGUUGACAAACUACUAGCAGGAACGGCCAGUGGUUACCUCAUGGAGUUUAAACUCGAUUCCCCAAAUCAUCAUUCACUGCUGCUGCUGCCACUACCUAGCUACAAAAUGUUUGUCUCCGAUGGUCCUAUAUCCACCAUUGUGCCCGUGGAAACAAGCUCGGGCGAGAGCAUGGUCUUGGUCAAUGGCCAAGCUAUACGAGGUUCGGCGUUCUCAGACACGAAUCCAAUUCAAGAUGUCUAUGCGCCAUUGCUUGAAAAGUCCAACGUCAAGCCUUCAUACAAUUACAUUAUGCAAGACCUUAUCAUCGCCCAUAAUGUAGAGCUAGCCAAGAUAGUGGGUCUUCGAUCGCUACAGGACAAUGGCUCGGAGAUUCUUAGAGUCAGCGGAUAUAUCACAACAUUCAAGCUCUCUGAGCGGCUCGGGCAUCCGUUCAUGUUGACUGGGACAGCGUCUGGGGAUGUCAUUCUCAUGAAUUAUGCAAGAAAGUACUUUACACGCCGAGGAGGAAACAAAUCGCUUCUGCCCUUGAAAAUCUGGAAACUCCAAUGGAACAACCCCAAAGAGGCCGUGCUCACUUUGGACGCUAGAUAUGAGAAAAUUGAGGUUGAAAGUCCCGUGUCGGCCUCGGUGAUGCCAAAGGAGGUAAUGAUUAGCUCCUUAGCUUGGAACGAAAAUGUGAAUGGCUCGUCAAUUUACGCUGCUGGCACAGCUCUGGGGUUGCUUUUGGUCGAGAGACUUGACCCGUCCUUCAAUGUAAACUCGGACUUGAAUUGA